ACUGAUGUUAGAGAGUCCACCUCAGUGGAUGUGCUGCUGACAAACCUCAUCAGGGGGAAGCUGCUUCCCUCUGCUCGCCUCUGGAUAACCACACGACCUGCAGCAGCCAAUCAGAUCCCUCCUGACUGUGUGGACAUGGUGACGGAGAUCAGAGGGUUCACCGACCCACAGAAGGAGGAGUACUUCAGGAGAAGAUUCAGAGAUAAGAAACAGGUCAGCAGCAUCAUCUCCCACAUGAAGAAGUCACGAAGCCUCCACAUCAUGUGCCACAUCCCAGUGUUCUGCUGGAUCACUGCUACAGUUCUGGAGGAGCUGCUGAGAACCACAGAGGGAGGAGAUCUGCCCAGAACCCUGACUGAGAUGUUCAUCCACCACCUGGUGGUUCAGGCCAAAGUCAAGAAGGUCAAGUAUGAUGGAGGAGCUGAGACAGAUCCACACUGGAGUCCAGACAGCAGGAGGAUGAUUGAGUCUCUGGGAAAACUGGCUUUUAAUCAGCUGCAGAGAGGAAACCUGAUCUUCUAUGAGUCCGACCUGACAGAGUGUGGCAUCGAUGUGGAAGCAGCCUCAGUGUACUCAGGAGUGUUCACACAGAUCUUUAAAGAGGAGAGAGGGCUGUACCAGGACAAGGUUUUCUGCUUCAUCCAUCUGAGUGUUCAGGAGUUUCUGGCUGCUCUUCAUGUCCAUCAGACCUUCAUCAACUCUGGAAUCAAUCUGCUGGAAAAACAACAACAAACAACCUCCAACAAACCUGAUCCAACAGUUUUCUACCAGAGAGCUGUGGACGAGGCCUUACAGAGUCCAAACGGACACCUGGACUUGUUCCUGCGCUUCCUCCUGGGUCUGUCACUGCCCACCAAUCAGAAUCUCCUACGAGGGCUGCUGACACAAACAGGAAGUAGCUCACAGACCAAUCAGAAAACAGUGGAGUACAUCAAGGAGAAGAUUGGUGAGAAUGUGUCUGUAGAGAGAAGCAUCAAUCUGUUCCACUGUCUGAAUGAACUGAAGGAUGUUUCUCUAGUGGAGGAGAUCCAACAGUCCCUGAGAUCAGGACGUCUGUCCACAGAUAAACUGUCUCCUGCUCAGUGGUCAGCUCUGGUCUUCAUCUUACUGUCAUCAGGAGAACAUCUGGAUGUGUUUGACCUGAAGAAAUACUCUGCUUCAGAGGAGGCUCUUCUGAGGCUGCUGCCAGUGGUCAAAGCCUCCAAGAAAGUUGUGUAAGUAGUUGGAGACUGAAGAUCCUUUUUCAUUUUGCUGCUGUUUCAUCAGUAUAAUCUGCUUUUU